GGCCACUCGCGCACCACGUCGGAAAGGAGCUGGCAGGCAGAUGGCGAGGUCCCAGGCCAGGGGGCGUGCCCUAGUCAUCCCUGGCGCAAGAUGGCGCUGCCUUUUGCACGUUCGUUUUGCUCAUGCCGCUGGGGAGCCAAACGAUUGGGGGUUGCCGCCGCCGAAGCCCGCAGAGGCUUCAGCUUCAAACUGGACGAAAGAACGGCCCACAGCAGUCUAGCGCUCUUCAGAGGUGAUACAGGUGUCAAAUAUGGCAUAGUGGGAUUGGAGCCCACCAAGUUGGCCCUGAAUGUGGAGCGCUUCCGGGAGUGGGCUGUGGUGCUGGCAGACACAGCGGUCACCAGUGGCAGGCACUACUGGGAGGUGACAGUGAAGCGCUCCCACCAGUUCCGGAUAGGAGUGGCAGAUGUGGACAUGUCCCGGGAUAGUUGCAUCGGUGUUGACGAUCGUUCCUGGGUGUUCACCUAUGCCCAGCGCAAGUGGCACACCAUGUUGGCCAAUGAAAAAGCCCCUGUUGAAGGCAUCGGGCAGCCAGAGAAGGUGGGGCUGCUGCUGGAGUAUGAGGCCCAGAAGCUGAGCCUGGUGGAUGUGAGCAGGGUUGCUGUGGUUCACACGCUUCAGACAGAUUUCCGAGGUCCAGUGGUACCUGCCUUUGCCCUUUGGGAUGGAGAGCUGCUGACCCAGUCAGGGCUUGAGGUGCCUGAAGGCCUCUAGUAUGUCCAUUGCUGGAGUCCCUAAUCAUGCUCUCAAUCAUUCUCUGAAAGUGUCUGAAACCUUUUAA